AUGUAUCGCCUUUUCUCCAGCGAGCGGUGUCCACGUUUGGUUCGCCUGCGGUUGAGUCCCGAUGCACGUACGUUGGUGGUUUAUGACACGCAUACCCAUGAGCCCCCCAAAUCCCCAGGACAGUUCCAGAGUUUAUCUCCACCAUGUCCAGUCCCAGAACCUGCGCCGGCAUUAUCAGAAGGAGUGGAGUCGUCCUCUCCAUCAGGACAGCAGCCUUCUCCGUCCACACCUCGACUACCCUUGCCGAAUUCUCAGCGCGUCACCACCACUCCGGAAGGGAACCAGACGCCAACAUCAGCACAUGGGUAUGAGAAAAUAACAGUCAAGCUAAAAAAGUCUCAAUUCUCUCCCAAUGAGAUGGUCGUUGUGGGCAGUGCAAGGGAUGCUCAGGAACAGUUUGAACUAAGGUAAGAUUUUUUUUUUCUGACUGCUGUUUGCUAUGUUUUUCUAGAUUUCAUUAUAUGAUAAUGAAAAUGAGAAGGGAAGGCAAACUUCAAGUUGAAAGACUUGAUAAGUUAACCCAUUGCUGCUAGGUGGUUUCCCAUUAUAUGUGAGAAGUAAAAGUAU